UUGCAGGAAAGUGAGCAAUACUUCUGGAGCAGACAUAGAAAGGUCACAGCGUUAGAUAGACAGCUGGUGCAGAGGGACUUUUUUAUAUCUUUACUUUCAAGGUGUGAUGGAGUGUGCUUUUCUCACCGUUAUCUUUGUGUCUUUCUUUGCGGUGUAUUCCUCUUUCUCUGGCGUUCCAGACUGGGAAGAUGUUGUGGUGACUAGAGAGGGCAUUCCUACCGUCUUAAUCUGUACUGACACAACGGUGAGAGGUGCAGUGGCCAUUAACUGGAAGGUGCAGCCGGUUGGUCCGGAGAAAGAAUGGAAACUGGUUCUCUCAGCCAAUGAAAAAAAAGAGUUUUCUGGCGGCGCCACGAAGAAAUCCACGCGUCUGACUGACCCUAACUUUCAAGACACCGGGGUUUUCUCCCUGUUCCUUCUUCCCAGAUUCGAGGACAGGGGUCUCUACUCAUGCAUGUUGAAGCAAAAAGAGAGGAAACUGAAGGAAAAGAUCAUCCUCUUAGCCAUCCUUGAAGUCACGGUUGUCCCCCCUCCACCCGUUCCUCACCGAAGCCCCCUGAGGCUGACUGCAAGUGUUUCCCCUGACUAUGCCGUCACCCAGAUCACCUGGACAGCACCCAGCGGCAACAUUAUGAAGAGCGAGAAAAAGCCCAAAUCAACCGUAUUGGCCAAACUUCCACAGGUGGAGAACGAUGACACCGGGGCCUACGUCUGCACGGUUUACCCAUGGGGCAACAGCAGCAACUCUCUCCUCGCCUUCAGUGUGAACGUGACUCUAGAUGAUGACAAAGUGUCCUCAUUGCAUAUAACACAUGAGACAGAGAUCUCCACCGCCACUAAGGCCAACACACCCGUCCCCCUGACCUGCCCUGAUGUGAAGGGGGAUUAUGUCAGGCUCUACUGGCUACGUGCAGACGCCAAGAAGCACAAUGAAAUUCAGCUGGUGUACACGUACGACCGAUGGAGGGGUUCCACCGUUAAUAACAAAAGCCCAAUGCUGGAGCUGGCCGGCCCGCCCUACAACGCAGAGGCCGGGAGCUUCUCCUUCAUUCUCACCCCUGGUUACAAAGAUGGUGGCCUCUACAUCUGUGAAGUGUUCUGCGAUGAAGACGCCUUCAGCAAAAGGACAAGGCUCAGCGUGCUCAAAGUUACAACCAGCCUCUCCUCCUCAAAGCUGGAAUUGGGGUGCCUGUACUCAGAGAGAUCCCAGGUUAUAAGUGCAGUUUGGAAACACCAGAAGAAUAGUCGCCGGCUGAAGAUGUCGAGCAAACAACCUGGCAGCAUCUCCACCUAUCUGCCCUUACCCAUCACUUCUGACACAGCUGGGAACUACACCUGCACCAUACAGCUGGAAAAAGGGCAGACCGUCAGUGCAACUCAAGCUGUCAACCUACCUAAUGAAGACACGAAAGAUGUGAGUGUCAGUGUGCCCACCCCCUCCCUGCCACCUUCUCUUUCUGCUUUAUUACUCCUGGUGCCCCUGGUUGCUGCGGCUGUCGGUGUGUUGCUAUGGAGACAGAAACACAUUUCUGAUCGCGGUAUUGAGCAGUCUUUGUCUGUCAUCUCGCGCGAAACAGAGAACAUCUAUGAGAAUCCUGAGGAUAUCAGACAGGCUCCUCCCCAGGGCUCAGUCUACAUGGAUUUGAAGCCAAGAGGAGAGGAUGAUGUCUAUAAGGAACUGGAGUGAUACUAACAGUGUCAGAGCUGAUCACCUACCCACAUCUCAUCCUCAUCCAGCUGUCACAUCCACUCAGUUCCCAGCUGCAGCAGAAGGCCUUUAUAAACAAAAGUAACAACUGAAUGUCAGAGUUGGAAUUGGAAGACAAACUUUAAAGCUUCAGGGAAAUGUGUGUUUUUUUCUUUAUUAUUCUAAGCUAUUUCUCUUCAGAAGAACUUUUUUACUGAUUUGCUUUGGGUGUACAUAGAGUAGAAGGGGGAAGAUUUUCAUAUAAGGCUAUGAAAUGUUUCCCAAAUGUGUGGGAAUUAUUUACUAUUGCUACUUAUUUCAUACAAAAAUUGUACUGUAAGCCAUUGUUCUCCUUUGUAUAUCUGUAUGUAAGAAUAGAUGCUUCUAAAUAAAAAUGUCUGCAAUGUU